CUUCUCGACGCCUUUCUCUCUCGCUCGUCCUUCUCGAUCUUCACGGCUCGCUCUGUGUCCCCGUCUCUCUCCCUCUCCCAUACGAAUCCCCCAAAAAUUAGGGUUUUUGGAGCUCCGGAGCACUUGGCAACUGCUGCUAAUUCAAAGAAGGUCUCGAAUCUCGAGCUCGCUCUCUGUCCACAGCAGCACCUGGAUUCGCUCCUUUUCCCGAGGGCGCUUCGGAUGUAAGUCGCUCUCGCUCUCGCUCUCGCCUGUCGCCUCUGCCGUUUCUGCUCCUCUGAAGAUGUUCUGGAAGCUUCCCGUUUUGUCCGCGUCCUCUCCCGUAGAGUCACUACUUGACAAGGAAAAUUACACAUUGGAGGAGCUUUUGGAUGAAGAAGAGAUUAUCCAAGAAUGCAAAGCUUUAAACAGUCGUCUAAUUAACUUCCUGCGAGACAGAGCUCAAGUAGAGCAGUUGUUGCGGUACGUCAUUGAAGAACCUCCUGAAGAUGCUGAGAGCAAACGUGCUUUCAAGUUCCCCUUUAUUGCCUGUGAGAUAUUUACUUGCGAGAUCGACGUUAUUCUCAAGACUUUAGUGGAGGAAGAGGAGCUAAUGGACUUGCUCUUCUCAUUCUUGGAUCCAAACCGUCCUCAUAGUGCAUUGCUUGCCGGGUACUUUAGCAAGGUGGUUGUAUGUCUCAUGUUGCGGAAGACUGUUCAACUUAUGAAUUACGUUCAAGCUCAUGAGGAUGUUUUUCGCAAGCUUGUUGAUUUGAUCGGAAUUACAUCAAUCAUGGAGGUAUUGGUGCGACUGGUAGGUGCUGAUGACCAUGUCUAUCCAAAUUUUUUGGAUGUGAUGCAAUGGUUAGCUGAGAGCAAUCUGCUGGAAAUGAUUGUUGAUAAACUGAGUCCAUCUUGCCCUCCUGAAGUUCAAGCUAAUGCUGCUGAAACACUGUGUGCCAUUACUCGUAAUUCGCCAUCAGCUUUAGCCACAAAACUUUCAUCUGCGAGCUUUGUCGAGAGAGUCUUUAGUCAUGCAUUGGAAGAGUCGCCUUCGAUAUCUGGCCUUGUCCACUCACUUUCAGUCUGCAUCUCUUUGCUGGAUCCAAAAAGAUCAGCGGUUUCUUCCUCUUUGCUUCAUUCUUUCCGCAGUCAACACAUGUAUGAGUGCCCGAUAACUGUUAAUGCAGAGACUAUUAAUGCGAUGCUUCCAAGACUUGGUGAUUUGCUUGUGCUUUUGAACGUGUCAUCAGACCAGAGGGUACUGCCCACAACAUAUGGAGAACUUAGGCCACCGCUUGGGAAGCAUCGUCUAAAGAUUGUGGAGUUCAUUGCAGUGUUGAUGAGAACUGGCAAUGAAGCUGCCGAGAAGGAAUUGAUUAGCUCAGGAACUGUUCUGCGGGUUCUGAAUCUUUUCUUUGAGUACCCUUACAACAAUGCGUUGCAUCAUCACGUGGAGAGUAUCAUAUCAUCGUGCUUUGAAAGCAAGAGCACAGAAUUGGCUGAUCAUUUAUUUCGAGAUUGCAAUUUAAUAAAGAAAAUGUUGGAAACAGAUAAACAGCCUGUUCUUUCUGGUGGUGAUGAUAAGCCAACUUUACCUGCUGCAGGAAAACGAGCUCCUAAAGCUGGGAAUCUUGGACACAUUACUCGGAUCUCCAAUAAGCUCAUCCAACAUGGUAGCGUCAAUAGUCAUAUUCAGAACUAUCUUCAGGAAAAUAGUGAAUGGAGUGAGUGGCAAGCUAAUGUUCUUCAGGAGCGUAACGCAGUCGAAAAUGUCUUCCGCUGGGCAUGCGGCCGCCCAACUGCAUUACAUGAUAGGACGAAGGAUAGUGAUGAAGAUGACCUGCAUGACAGAGAUUAUGAUGUAGCAGCCCUAGCAAAUAACUUAAGUCAGGCUUUGAGAUACAAAAUAUACGGAAAUGAGGAUGCAGAGGAUCAUGGAGCUCUUGAUCGAGAUGAUGAGGAUGUUUACUUUGAUGAUGAAUCUGCUGAAGUUGUUAUAUCAUCCCUCAGACUUGGCGAUGAUCAUGGGAGUAGUUUGUUCACAAACUCCAAUUGGUUCACAUUCCAAGAUGACAGAAUGGAUGAUGCAAAUGUCGGUGCUUCAUCUAUGGAGGUGAUGGAUGAAAUAAAUCUGAAUGGAGCUGCAAAUGGCGGCAACAGCAGCAGCGAUGACGAGGUGGUUGUAGGAGAGGAUGAAGACUUAACUGGGGCUAAAGAAUGCCCCAAUGUCCCAUCCACAUCAAAUUCGAAUUUACCAAAUGGAAGUGCUCCCUCGGCCCCGAGUUUCUUCCGUUUUGACAUGCCUGAUAGUGAGGAUAUAUUCGUUGACAGACCUUUAGCUGAGUGGGUGGGAUGGGGUGAUUCAGCUGAUUUGCAGAUAGGUGGUUCGAGUGUGAAUCCAUUUGUUGAUCAUGACGACUCAGAUGACAAAUUUUCCAGUCAAGUUGAGGUGGUGCCAGAUGUCAGUCCCUCCUCAAGCACAGAACCUGUACUAUCUAAUGGCUCAAUUGCCAGUACUGGCUCCAGUGACAGUUCAGGGGGAAGUGACACAAGUCAGAAAUCUGCUGCUGUACCCUCAUUGUUUGAAGAGGAUGUGGAAUUUGUGGGCGUGGAAUUAGAAGGAACUGAGAAGGCGAUGGAGCAGGCUUUGAAGGAGGGGAUAGUUGGGGAGGCGGGCCCACUGAAAAGGAACAUGACUCCUAAGGCCCCUGAAAAUGAUAAGUCUGACGAGGGCGAGGAGGGGAUCAAGGAGUUUAAUGACGCAAACUAUUGGAGGGUCGACCAGGAGGUUGCGGUCUUGGAGUAAUGCAAGGUUCAUCUUGAUCCUCUGUGCGAUGCUUGAAUUAUUGAAGGUCAGAUCUUUCAUCUUCAACCCGCCCACAUUUGCCUGGGAAAGGCUUAAGAAGAACACAAGCUAUGUACAGUGUAAUUUUGCUUUCCGAAUAGCGGAUUGGAUGGAGGGUUGUCAAUUUGUCUGUUGCUGGUUAAUCUCUUAUGUUAUUGAUGAUUCCUGGGCUUUUCCUCGUCGCUGAUCUAGGGUUCCGCCUAUUUUAUCCUC